CGCUCUUCUGUGCAACUCGUUCUGCUCUUUCCACCCCAACUCCUCCCCAAGCACUCAGCAUGGCCGCCCAGUUUACCCCUCCCGCUUCAUUCGGUGUCGACGACCUCUUCUCUGUCGCUGGUCGCACGGUUGUCAUCACCGGCGGCGGCACUGGUCUCGGCAAGGCCAUCGCCAACGCAUACGUCGUCAACGGCGCCAAGGUGUUCAUCUCGGGACGCCGCGCCGAAGUUCUUGACGCAGCUGUCAAGCUCAUCAAGCCGCAGGCUGGCAAGGGAGGCGACAUCAUUGCCGUACAGGGUGAUGUGGGCACCAAGGCGGGGUGCAAGAAGCUGUACGAGGAUAUUGCGAAGCACACGGACGUCGUGGACGUGCUUGUCAACUGCGCCGGUGUCAUGAAGAACUACCGCAACCCUACCUUCGACGUUGACAACAUCGACGCGGUCGCCAAGAUGCUCUGGGACGGCUGUGACGACGACGACUUCAACUACACUAACCAGAUCAACAUCAACGGCGUUUACUUCACCACGGUGGCUUUCAUCCCGCUCCUGAUGAAGUCGGACCUGAAGUCUGUUGUAGUGAUCGCCUCCAUCGCAGGCCACAUCCUGCAGCGCGCCGUCGGCUCCGUGUCGUACGGCGCCUCCAAGGCUGGCACGAUGCACACGGCCAACCUCCUCGCGGGCCGGCUCUCGCCGGCCAAGAUCCGCGUUAACACCAUCUGCCCUGGCAUCUUCCCGUCCGAGAUGACGGGCACGUCGGCUGCGGAGGGCGGGCACAAGUACGACAUCGGCAAGCCCGCGCAGAUGGCUGCCGCGCGCAGCAUCGUCGGACGUCCCGGUAUGCCGCACGAGAUUGUUGGCCCCGUCAUGCUCCUCGGCUCGCGCGCCGGGUCGUACAUGGACGGUGCGACGCUCGUCGUUGAUGGCGGCCGCGCUCUGUCGGCGGGCAUCAACGAGGGCGUGCGUAUCAAGGAGGAGCUUAUUAUCAACUAGAGGACGUUUUGAUAGAGCAUGAACGUAGAUGAAUUGCCAGGCAGUCUGUGACAUCGUGGACUGUGUGGGCACGUCCA